AUGGAGAACUGCCCAGCAACAGCGAAGGUUGAUGAAGGAAAUGCAGUUGAAGUUGUCUAUAAUGAUUUUAAGAAAGCUUUUGACAAAAGGCUGAUUAACAAAAAUAAACUAUUCGUAAAUGCAAAUUCCUUGAAAAUUGAUGGUUGCAGACACAGUUUUCUUUUCAUUAUGGAUUUAAGUGAUACAUUACCCAAAUCACUGACUGUGCCAUUGGUGCCAGGUACAAGUCCCAAAACAUGGAAAAACAAGGCCUUUAAACUGUCAACGGUUGCGCUUCCGGCGCCAAUGCCCGCCUGCCGACCUGACUAUCCUCGGGAUGAACGUAAGGCAGGCAAACUGUACCAAGCCGGACUCCUAAAUCGGAAGCUGAUUGAGGAAGCAAAGUGUUUAUGUGAUCAUAUUUCUGCAAAACCAGACACCACAGUGCUCGUUGCUGUAGCUUUGCAAGAUCACAUAAUUAGGAAUCUGCGGCUCCAAAACCUUUCACUGUCUAAUACCUUUAAGACAAAACAACGGACUAAAAUUAGCUGCUACAGGCCCAUAGACAGAAGCACUGCGAAGCCUGCAGUGGAUACUGGAAUAAUAAGAAAAGAAGGAAGAAAGAAAAGAAAAGAAGAUGAGGAACAAGAGUAUGUUUUGGAUCCAAAACCCUUGGGCCUCACUUUAGCACAGAAAAUGGGUCUGGUUGAUGCACCUAAAACACCGUUAACAGAUAGUGAAUGGCAACUGGUGAAAAAGAGAUCAGUACAACAGGGAGAUUCAGCACAGCCUUGUGCUAUAUGCAGAGAAGAGUUCGGGAUGCAGCAGCAAGUUCUGCUGUCUUGUUCGCAUGUUUUUCACAGGGUUUGCAUGCAAGCUUUUGAGAAGUUCUCUGGGAGGAAGAGUUGCCCCAUGUGCAGGAAGGAACAAUACCAGACCAGGGUCAUUCACGAUGGAGCUCGUCUGUACAGGAUGAAAUGUGCUACAAGAAUUCAAGCUUACUGGCGAGGACAUAUUGUUCGCAAAUGGUACAAGGAGCUGAGGCACACAGUACCUCCAAAGGACAGGAAAUUACGAAGGAGAUUCUAUGAAAGAAAGCUACAAGAGAUUAAUGACAGGUUGGUGAGGUCAUGCGAUAUAGAUAUUGAUGAACUCUUUUCUGAAAUUGAUCAGUCACUGGCUACAAGCAGAAGAGUGCUGCGACAAUUUGAGAGGCAAUGUGUCCACAUUAUAUCUGAAGAGGAGUGGGAGCAAAUACAGCUAAAGGCGAUCCUAAGGGAGGUAUUUGAUUGUCCAAUUUGUAUCACUCCUUUGGAUCACUUAGACAACAUAACGUGCCAUGCUGCUGAUGAAGGGCCUGAUGGAAGAGAGAAAUGUGGUCCAGCUGUGCGGCAAACAGUGCUGCUGUCCUGCUCACACAUCUUCCACUACACUUGCUUGAAAGCCUUUGAGGACUUCUCUGAGGGAGAGAAACAUAUUUGUCCAUUAUGCAGGUCAACCUAUGAAAAGAAGAUUUUAUGA